UUCAACAAAGAUAAAAAUAUGUCUGGAAGGAUGGAUGGAAAUGACAUGGAAAUACCCUUGUGAUGAACAAAAAUAUGAUAAACUCAAAGUAAUUUUACCAACUAAAACCAUACAGAUCAAUCAGACAGACAAAUGGGAAAAAAGUGGCAAAUAUUUUUUUUACCAUGAUACAUUGGAAAAAUAUCUUAGACUACAGGUAUGGCCUUUUAACUCCAAGGACAAUGGAACUUAUGGAUUUAAUUGUGAUGAAAACGCAAAAAAGAGUGAAGUAAAGAUUGUUGAAAAAACACACUGCAAGACACUCAAUCAAACUGCUUACCGAACAGCUAAAAUGACCAUCAAAUGUGAUUAUUCACAUAUGUAUCUGUCCAAGACCAAGUUCAUCUGCAAAGAAAACAACUUUACUUGUAAGAGUAUCUUAACAACAAAAUCAUCUAAAAAUUCAACAGGAAGAUUCACCCUGACUCAUACCAGCAGUAACUUCAAUUUGUCAAUUAGUCCUGUGUCUUUAAACGAUGCUGGUGUUUAUUGGUGUGGAGUGAUAGAAAGCAAUGGCAGUUACCAAGCUGGAAUCUCAAAAAUACAGCUGGAGGUUAAAAAUAUCACGAUGUUCCCAAGAUUGAGAACUCCAGGACAAGAUUUAAAAUAUUAUUGCAAAUACGGAAGCAAUUUCUCUAACCUGACAAAAUGUAUCUGUAAGGGAGAAAAUCAAGAUGAAUGUCAGGAUGUUGGAAGCACCACAAACAACAUGAGUAGGAGGUUUAUGAUGAAGGACAACAAAAUAAACAACACCAUCACCAUAGAAGUGAGAAAUUUAACAGUAGCUGACUCUGGAACUUACUGGUGUGGAGCCAACAAGGACAACAGCAAAAUAUUUAUUCACAAGUUAGCCUUGAAAGUAGAUAACUCAGCAACUUUACCUGCAAAUACAUUUGGUGACAUAAAGACAUUUCUGAUCACUGGUACAGUUGUGGUGAUACUUCUGCUUUGGACAGCAACUUUGAUCAUUAUAUACAAACGUAAGAAUGUUCGUAUUUAUUUGAACAACAGAACACAAGCAAUAUUAUUAUAUAAAACCACAUUCUUACACUUUACAUGUGAGCAUUUCUAUGAAGAAGUGACAGAGCAUAAGAAGACACUGGUGAUUCCUACCUAUGCCAACACUCCUACAAAUGAGCCAGCCCUGCUGCCGUACUCUAUUGUCAGCUUUCAAAGGACUUAA